CUGCUCUGCACAAAGCUAAUCGGGAAGAUCGGAAAGUUUAUGUCGAACCCGUUCGAGCAUAGUUUAGUUCUAACUGUAUGUACGUGCAGUUCGGUCUGCGGCAAGGCCUACAUACAUAUAUAAAGUAUCGGUAGAUAUUCACCACUCCUAAAUAUUAGUUAGCAGUAGCACUUAACUCGCGUAUAUGUGUACAUAGUAUGUAUGUUUGUUGGAUGUACAUACAUACGUAAAUAUGUAUGUAUGUAUGUAACCAAGAAGAUCGCUCUUGAGUUGGCCUGGUAUGUUUUGGUAUGUUUGAGAUGGACACGGGACCGAAUGAGCGUAACACUCUGUUAGCUAAAAAUUUGCGUGCACGAAAAUACGUUCAGACCGGAAGUAUCAGUAGUGUAGAGCAAUCGAGUGAUAUGGCAUCGGAUGUGUCUGUAACAUCGGCUGCUGAGUCCGCGGACUUUGAAGGUUCUGUUGAAUCGAUGACAUCGAUCACAUCAAGCGAUCUGGAUGAGUUCAAUUGGAGGCGCCUGCGGUUUUACUUGGUGGAGCCGAUGGUGUUCAUUCUGUUGUUUGCCUACAACUUAUCGGACACAAUUUUGAAAAAUCAAAUAAUUUACCAAACCUGCACUGCUAUCUUCUAUUUCAACGAGACGGAUUGUCGCCAAUUGGGCACAAAAAAUGCCAGUGAACACAUUCAGGCAAAAGAUUUGCAGAUUAUCACACAAAUGUUGGAAUUUAAAUCUUUACCUCGACUUCGAUUCGCAAUCGGAGAUUGCGGCCAUUGUAUGUGUGCCAGUGAAAAGGUACAAAAGAACUGGAAGCAUUUUCAACAGAUCUAUGAUAUAGGUAUGGGAAGUGAACUCAUUCUUGGGUACAAUUUGUGGAAGAAAAAGAACUUGUCCGAAGAAGAUUUGAAAGAUGUUGAAGUUGGAGAUCUAUUUAAAGAAGAAAACGAAUAUCUAACAAAGUUUGCUGAAAAUCGUUGUUAG